AUGCCGUUCACUGCUGGGGACAUUUGCAAGAUCAUUUUCGCGAUCAUUCUCCCUCCUGUUGGUGUUUUUAUGGAGCGAGGAUGCGGAGGUGAUUUUUGGAUGAAUUUGUUUCUGACAAUUCUAUUCUUCGUUCCUGGUCUCAUUCAUGCCUUAUACAUCAUUCUGAAAUAUUAG